GGGACACAGUGAACGUGGGGGCGGGAUGGGCCACUGCCUCAGGCGUGAAUCAGCCCUGUUUGGCGCUCCGCCCCGUCGGGGGUCCAGGGGUGGCUUAAAGGCCGCUCUUCUGCCAGCAGGCGACCAGCACUCUCCUCCCUCCCCGCGUCCAGGGAGCCACAGCACCACCAGGCACUAUGGACCCCGCUACACCCUUGCGACUGUGGAAUCUGCCGCUGCUCCUUGUGGGCUACGCUCUUGGUCUCUCUUCAGUAUCUGCCCAAGUGAAUAACUUAGAGAUCUGCCUCUUGCCCUUGGAUUUGGGACCUUGUCAGGCCUUUACCUACAAGUACUACUAUGACAGAGACCAGCAGAAGUGCCGCAGAUUCAAGUAUGGAGGCUGCCUGGGUAAUGCCAACAACUUCCACAGUCGGGAACUCUGCGAACACACUUGCGGAAAUAUCCAGAAAGUUCUUCCAGUUUGUCGAUUAGAACUCAGAACAUAUCCAUGUGAUAAGCCCAAUAUACAGUUUUUCUUCAACCUGAAAACCAUGACAUGUGAGCCCCUUAGGCCUGGUCUGUGUAGUAGGACUAUGAACGUAUUCUCCGAGGAAGCUACGUGUAAGAGCUUAUGUGAACCAAGGAGAAAUAUUCCAUCAUUUUGCUCCAGUCCAAAGGAUGAAGGUCUGUGUUCUGCCAAUGUGACCCGUUAUUAUUUUAACUCAAGAAACAAAACAUGUGAGACCUUCACCUAUACUGGCUGUGGUGGGAAUGAAAAUAAUUUUUAUUACCUGGAUGCUUGUAGCCGUGCCUGCAUUAAAGGCUGGAAGAAGCCCAAGAGAAGGAAGAUAAGUGAUUUCCUGCCCAGAUUUUGGAAGCUUCAUUCUUAAGCGUUUUCUCAUACUUAAGGAAACAAAUCAUUAGUAAUUCGCUCCUCUGAUUUUACCGAUGCAUUACUUUUUUUAACCUGUGAGUUUUUAUUCAUACCAAGCUGCUUUCCAAAUGUGAAAUUAUCAUUUUCAAUGUACUGUUCAAAUGUUUUAAGAGACCGAAUCUUUGUGGUCAGAUACAAAUGUGAACAUGACUUGCCCAACUUCUUAGGAAAGCUAGUACUAACUUCAGAAGACAAUGGUUAUUAAAAUAACAGAAGACAAUUUAAGUUUGUAAUUUUAACCUAUAUGAGCAUCAACAGGAAUGGCAAAACCGUUUCAUUACGAAUUUAAAAGUUUAGAUUAAAUUUUAGGCUGCAGGAGACAAGCAGCCGAUUUAUGAACACUUUAUCCAAUCACUCCCCUGGGGUAUUACUUAGACCUUGCCAAGUGUCCUUGCAUUCCUUUCUUGCCAAACUGCAAUAUUAUGAAGAAGGAGAGUUAUUUCAAAGGUAUAAUUUUUAUUGGAUGAAUUUAAAAUGUUGGUAAUUUAUGAAAAGAAAAUCAUUUUUCCUAGAAAAAAAUCAUUAUAUAUUUAAUUCUGUGUUUCUUUAUUUUUCCAUAUUUGACAAGUGAAAUAUUCUUUGACCAUAUGGGUUACACUGUUCCCUCAGACAAAAUGAUUUGGAGAAUAGAAAUUUCUGGAUCUUUCGUAUUAUAUAAGAUGUAUCCUGUGCCAAAAUACAUGUAUAAUUUAACUUGAAUUUCACAAAUAAAUUCUUUUAAAAGGUGGUUAUUACAAUAA